AUGGAAGUAGAUCACUGCGAACAAUUCCAACUCUCAUCAAUUGAUAAAAUCGAAGGAAAAGAACAAGCGAAAUCAUUUACAGAUGCUUUGCGCGAAAAAUACGGCAGCGGAGACCAAGAUUGUAACUUUAUUGUUGAUGGUGUUGUUAUUAAUCUUGUGGUGGGGAGAUCGCCCUCAAAAAACGGGUCAAAUGCCGAAUUUGCACACCUACGUAAUGUUGUAUUGAGUCAGUAUGCCAUUGACCAUGCAGGCCUUCCUCUGCAAGGACUAAGCUCUCUAUGUCCAAAUGUUGUAGACUUAGACUUAUCCAGCAAUACCCUGGAGGACUGGGCAGAAGUAUUACCUCUCAUUGCACAACUCCCCAGCCUCAAGUUUGUUAACCUUAGCCACAAUAAACUCAAGAACUACAAUAAUUAUGUUCAAAAUUGGCUCUUACCACUUCCUACAAUAGAAAAUUUGGUUCUGAAUUCAACAAACACUAAUUGGGAAGAUGUAUUGUGUUUAAGUCAGCAUUUGCCUGCUCUGAAAGAUCUGCAUCUUUGUAAAAAUGGCUACACUCACUUGGAUUGUACCAAUUUGGAUAAAUUGCACCAAGUUGAAAGCAUGUGGCUCAACGAUAAUCAUUUAAGUUGCUGGAAUGAGAUUUGGAAACUAAAUUCUUUGAUAAGCCUCAAGUCUUUAUUUUUAUCUGGCAACCCAGUCAAUGAUGUGUUCUAUAAUGAACAAUCCAUGGAGAAAAGCAACUCUGAUAGUCCCAUGAAAACAUCAUCUUUCUUUGAGACUCCCAUUAAGUCAACCAACUUCUCUGGCGACUUUUCUCAAAUCAAAUCACGAGGCAAGGCUCUGAAUGCUCGUCGUAAGCUUGUCUUGAGUGAUACAUUAUCAUGUGACUCUGACCUAGAAAUGCUGAAUGAUAUUGCAGAGCAGUGCUGCUCACCUUCCAAAAUCAAAUGUGACUGUGAUAGCCCCUUUAAUAAAACCUGGCCCCAGUCCAGCCCUAAUUCCAGUCCCCAAAGAAAAUUGAGUACAGAGAUGAAAAGGCAACCAGAUUCCAGGCCCAUUGAUAUCAAUUACAAGAAUUCUAGUUAUAGCAAUAUUAGCCGCGGUUCAUCCCAACCAGAAAAUGAUAUUGAAAUAAUGGACGAUUCCAGUUGUGACAGCCCUCGAUUUGAUGAUUCUGGUUGUGGCAGCAGUCUCCGAUCUAAUUUUGUUAGCCAAGAUGAUGAUGAUGAUGAUGAUGAUGCCAGAUGUGCCUUUGAAUUUAAACCUUUUCAAAGACUCCAAACACUGUGCCUUAGUAAAACAAAGAUAAACAGUUGGGAGAAUCUUUAUCAACUGACAAAAUUCCCAGGAUUACAUUCUGUUCGAUUAAUGGAUAUUCCUUUCUUGAAUGAUCUUCCCCCAGAAGAACGAAGAAAAUUGUAUGCAGCCAGUCUGUCAAAUGUUUCUUGCUUAAAUGGAAGUGAAGUGACUCUUAAUGAAAGGGAAAAAGCUGAACGUCAUUUUCUGCGAUACUACAGCGAAAGGCCAGAUAAGCCUGAAUGGUACACUGACUUAGAAUCUAAACAUGGUGCUCUCAAACCUUUAGUUGAUAUUGAUCUUGGUGCUCGUUAUCACACCUGGGCAAAAAUAAUCUUUAUCUACAAUGGCCUGGAAAUUUUCACUGAAAAAGUUCAUGUCGUACAACCAGUUGGAAAGUUACGUAAACAUCUUGCAAAGUGCCUUGCUUUACCCAUCAAUGGUUUUAGAAUGUUCCACUACCCUUGUAGUCCUGAACAUGGCAACAUAGAAAAAGCUGAACUGCAAGAAUUGCGCCUGGACUCACUGCCAAUGAGUCGAUUUGAUUUACUUGAUGGUGAUGAGAUCCACCUUGAUGACUGUUCUCUUCUUUCUAUUAGUGUUUGA